UCUGUUGCCCUCUGAUGCUACCUUAAUUUGCAAAUAAAUUACUGAAGGAAAUUAAUUUCAUUGUUCACCAAACAAGAAAAAGUAGCCAGCUACAUAUUCACUUCUUAUGCAGCUUCUCAUGCAAGCUCCUUCCUCUGACAAUGUUUUUUCUCUCUCCCUCCUUCACUCCACUCCCCCCUCCCCGACCUCUUCCUCCUCCGUGCUGCCUCCCGUUCGCUCUCUCCGGUGCGCGCGCUCUCACUCUGAGCUGAGCGGCUACAGCACUAAAUAAGUGAGAAGCUUCUCACAGCCACUUAAGCAUCCGCCGCAACAGCAGCACCAGAAAGCACAGUCGCCCUGGCAAUCAAGGAACCGGUGAUCUGAUCUCUUCAGCUUCUAGGACUGCUCUUCUCGAAGUCGCCUUUCAGCUCCCCUUCACGGACACCCCUCCUAUCCCCUCCCUCCCCAAAUACGUAGAGCACCGGCAGGGAUGCCACAUUUCUCCUGCGUAAUCUGCCUUGGAAUAUAUACAGGAUGAUGAUUCGGUAUCCAUAGCCACGGUUUAACGCUGGCAGACUUUAACGAUCUCUCUGAACGCUGUCUUGGCAUACUGCUAAUGCUGUUGUUUUUUGACUUUUUCAUUUGGACUGACAGUGGAUUGUAAUGUAUUCGCGAAGCUAAUGAGGUAAUUAAGGCAUUGAGUUGGACAGAAAUUAACAACGAGCCGUGGAUAACGGAGUUUGAUCUCAGGCGAGCAUCGUUCGCUAGUCCAUAUUUUACGCAUCCAAGAACUCCAUCCUCCUGAUUCCGCGGGAAUUACGGCGUGGCAGGACCGGUCACGGGGGGAUUUUUACUUUCAAUACAGUCAAGAAGAGGAGUCACUCUGACCCCUUUCCAGCUACCCCUCCUGUGUUGUUUUUUUUUAUCGCCCAACCGUGUUUGAUGUAUGUUUACCUGUGUGCGGGUGAGCUGACCGCCUCUGCCAGCCCAGAUUUUUGCAAUGCCAGGGCAGUGAGGAGGUGGAUUUAAUUUCGUCGUCUUGCACGGUAGCAUGGCUCCGGUCCGGAGGGAAGGCAGAUGGGAGAUGAUCUUUCUGUCGGGAUGUGUACUUCUGUCCGUUUGGGGAUUGCAACCGGCGCUGUCGAAAGUCUGCAACGACUACACGAGGCACGGACAGGACAACUCUUGGUACAUGGUGGGCAAAGACAAGAAACUGCCUAUCAUGGUGCUGAUGCCGAUGAACGAGUCUGCGCUGAUGAGCGGCAUCAGUCAGGGCAUCGAGCCCGCAGUCGAGCUGGCCAUCAGGCACAUACGCGAGUCCCGGCAGUACUCCUUCUCACUUGUCACCAAAAUCUACGACACUGAGUGUGAUAAUGCAAAGGGAUUGCGGGCCUUCUUCGAUGCCAUCUGCUAUGGGCCCAAACACCUGAUGAUCUUUGGUGGGGUGUGUCCAUCAGUGACGUCCAUCAUCGCCGAAUCCCUGGAGGGCUGGAACCUGGUGCAGCUGUCGUUUGCUGCUACCACACCUGUCCUGGCUGACAAGAAGAAGUACCCCAAUUUCUUCCGGACUGUUCCGUCGGACAAUGCCGUCAACCCCGCCGUGGUCAAGUUAAUCAACUUUUACAACUGGAGCCGUGUGGGCACCCUCACCCAGGAUGUCCAGCGCUUCUCGGAGGUCCGUAACGACUUGACUAGCGAGCUGGAGAAGGCCGACAUCCAGAUCGCCGACACCGAGAGCUUCUCCAACGAUCCUUGCAUCAACGUCAAGAAGCUGAAGGAUAAUGACGUGAGGAUCAUAAUCGGGCAGUUUGAUGAGAACCUGGCCUCCAAGGUCUUCUGCUGUGCCUACAACCUGAACAUGUAUGGCAGUAAGUACCAGUGGAUCAUCCCGGGCUGGUACCAGGGCAACUGGUGGGAGCAGGCCAACUCCACCAACUGCACCACCAAGAAGCUGCUAACAGCCAUGGAGGGCUACAUCAGCGUGGACUUUGAGCCACUCAGCGCCCGCCGGAUCAAAGGCAUAUCUGGACGGACGCCACAGGAGUACGAGCGAGAGUACCAGCGAGAGCGAGAGCAGAAAGGCGUGGAGCCCAGCAAGUUCCACGGCUACGCCUACGACGGCAUCUGGGUGAUCGCCAAGACGCUGACGCGCGUCAUGGAGACGCUGCGGGACCGUGAGCGACGGGAGCACAACUUCACCGUGGACGAUCCCGAGGUGGGGCGCCUCGUCCUGGACGUCAUGAAUGAGACCAACUUCUUUGGCGUGACGGGUCAAGUCAUGUUCAGGAAUGGAGAGAGGAUGGGGACCAUUAAAUUCAAUCAGUUUCAGGAGGGGCAUGAGGUGAAGGUGGGGGAGUAUAACGCCAUCGCAGACGUGUUGGACCUCAUCAACAACUCCAUCAGGUUUCAAGGCCUGGAGCCUCCUAAGGACCGGACGUUUGUGCGUCUGCAGCGCUGGCAUAUCAGCGUGCCGCUCUACAGUAUCCUGUCCACCAUCACAAUCCUGGGCAUGCUCAUGGCCGGGGCCUUUCUCUUCUUCAACAUCAAGAACCGCAACCACAGGCUGAUAAAGAUGUCCAGUCCGUACAUGAACAACCUGAUCAUCCUUGGUGGAAUGCUCUCCUACGCCUCAAUCUUCCUCUUCGGCCUGGACGGCUCCUUUGUCUCCGACAAGGAGUUUGAGACCCUCUGCACUGUCCGAACGUGGAUCCUCAUAGUGGGCUACACGACAGCUUUCGGCGCCAUGUUUGCCAAGACCUGGAGAGUCCAUGCCAUCUUUAAGAAUGUGAAAAUGAAGAAGAAGAUCAUUAAGGACCAGAAGCUGCUGAUUAUCGUGGGUGGCAUGUUACUGAUAGAUCUCUGCAUCCUGAUUUGCUGGCAGAUUGUGGAUCCGCUCAAGAGAACGGUGGAGGAGUACAGCUUGGAGCCGGACCCCCAGGGACGAGACAUUGCAAUUCGGCCCUUCCUGGAGCACUGUGAGAACACACACAUGACCAUUUGGCUGGGGAUCGUCUACGCCUACAAAGGCCUCCUGAUGCUGUUUGGCUGUUUCCUGGCCUGGGACGACGCUAAGCGUGAGCAUCCGGCUCGCCGACAGAAAAGUACAUCGGCAUGGCUGCCUACUACAAUAGGCAUUAUGUGCAUCAUCGGAGCCGCCGUCUCCUUCCUGACCCGUGACCAGCCCAAUGUCCAGUUCUGCAUUGUGGCCCUGGUCAUCAUCUUCUGCAGCACCAUCACGCUCUGCCUGGUGUUCGUGCCCAAGUUCAUCACCAUGAGGACGAACCCAGACGCAGCCACGCAGAACCGGAGGUUGAAGUUCACACAGAACCAGAAGAAGGAGGACUCCAAGACCUCCACGUCGGUGACCAGCGUCAACCAGGCCAACACGUCGCGCCUCGACGGCCUUCAGACGGACAACCACCGCCUGCGGAUGAGAAUAACAGAGCUUGACAAGGAGUUGGAGGAGGUGACCAUGCAGUUGCAGGACACGCCUGAGAAGACCCCUUACAUCAAGCAGAACCACUACCAGGACCUCAACAACAUUCUCAGCAUAAGCAACUUCACAGAGGGCAAAGAAGGUGAGAAGUCCGUCCUGAAGAACCAUCUGGAACAGAAGCCGCAGGCCCAGUGGGGCUCCAUGGAUCCUUCUAGAAUAAGCAGAGGUCCAUUGGAGGACAUUAACUCACCUGAGCAUGUCCAGCGCCGGCUCUCUUUGCAGCUGCCCAUCCUGCACCACGCCUACCUGCCCUCCAUAGGGGGGGUGGACGCCAGCUGCAGCAGCCCCAACGCCAGCCCCGGAUCCAGCCCGCGGCACAGACACAUGCCCCCCUCCUACCGGGUCAUGGUGUCGGGCCUGUGAGGAAUACCCCCCACCCUCCACCCACCCCCACCUGCCUACAACCCGUUCUUCUUUGCCUCCCCCACAUACCCCACCCACACUUCAGCUCCUCUCUUCUACCCCCCCCCCAUCCCCCUUUUAUAACAUGAGGAACCGGAAGAAUAAGAAGACGAAUGAAUGGACUGAAUUGAUCAGCGAUUAAAAGGAUGAGAGGAGGCAUCAUACCACACGUUCCAAGGUCCGACACAUCCAACUCCCUCCGUCCAGCCACUAGCAUCAGAGAAUGGACUGAUCGUCAUGGGCUGAGAGUUGCUGGUGGGGUGUGGGGGGUGGGAGAGUCCCAGUGGUGGUCACCACGGAGGUGCUCACAUGUCUCAUGGUCUACUGCGGAGAUCACUUGCGUUUUCCUUUGAACCCAACCCACCCCACCCCACCCCACCCCUUCCGUGAUCCUCCCCAUUGCUCCCUGGACUGCAGAGAGGAGUGGCAGAGGACCCCACUGACCUGUAGCCUUAUCUGCUUCAAAAGGGUUUCCGUUUUUAUUUUUUUAUUUGAUCAUUUUUCAUUUAUUUUAUAUGAAGUAUGUCUUGGGUUUCCUCACUAAAAAACUUGAGCAGGUUGUGAACUCGUCUGAUGUUUUAGUAGUGCACUGAUGUUGUCCAUCGUAAGAGAUGUGACCAGAGUUUUCAUCCCAGGCCAUAGAGCUGCCAACAGACAUGUAAAUACCAUUCAUUUUACACCAGAUCUCAGUAAGCUUCUAAUAGGAAUGCCACAUUUUGCUGUCCAGGAAAUUAUGAGAAGUUUCUUAAAAACAACAUAUUGAUAUUGGAAGCCAGAAAAGUCAAAACUGAUUUGAAUGAGGCUAAACAUUUUAGCAAAACGUAAUAUCUGCCUCAUGGGAACAUAAGAAAACUGGUAAAUUAAAUGUUUUUGUAAAUCCAAUACAUCAUCCGAAACUGGGGCCAACGGUGUGUACUAGCUCACUCAACAUGGAGUGAGCUAGUACACACUUCAGAUUCUUUUUCACGUUUGCUAAAUUUGCACCAUCAUUUCUAUUUGGUUUCUGUUUUUUUUUUUUUUUUUUUCUGUUUUUACCUUUAGAGUGAUCUGUGACCUAUUAUGGUUCACACACCAUCAUGUGCUGUGCAUAUGACUCAAGAGUGGGUGGGGGCGGCUACACAAUAAAAAAAAUAAAAAAACAGAGACCUCACAGUACAGUUCAAGGGGAGUCUGGUGGAAGAAAAAGACCUUAGUAUGUGCACACCGACACUCACAGGCACAGAAUGAAUCUUUUUCUUUUCCUCCUGCAUCUCCUGGUAACGGUGGGGUGAAUCUCGCUGAUUUGGUCCGUGGGCCAGUCUUCCAUAGCAGCUGGGUGUCUGUUCUCCAACUGGGGGGUGAGGGAUGACCAAAAUUCUUUAUGGGCACAGGGAGGCAAGAAGAUAGACGCGGCCGCAGAGCAGUGGACAGAGCGUGGUUGGUCACUAUUUAUCUGAAGAAGAAAAAAAAAGUGUGUAUCGAUGCAAGGGUGCUAGUGGGGUCAAUGCGACGAAGCGAAACGCAAGGGUUUUGUCAUGUGCCUGCAGCAAGGAAAGGGUGAAUAUAUGAAGGCUGGAUGCCGCUGGUGUGCAACUAGACUGCAGUUUGGAGUGUAAUCAUAACUGCGCUUCAGUAAGGGAAAAAAAAAAACUCAAUGAUGGAAGAUGGACUGGCCAGUGGGAAUUCAUAUCCAGCUAUCAAGCCAGUCGUUCGGUCCUUAGACGCUCAUGAUGGUUGUUUUUAUUUUAUUUUUUUCCCAUUUCUAUUAUCAUCUUUUAUACUGUUAUUUUUGUUUUGUUUUGUUUUGAAUCAGGAAAAGCGAACACCUGUCAAACCCUUCUAGAUGUGACUCAAGCCAAACAAUAUAUAUGGGC